AUGCGCCUCGUCAAGCGCCAUAUUGAUGACAACGGCAGUGGUAGUGUCACGCUAUGCCCGGAGGAACCAGAAGACAUGUGGCACGCCUUCAAUCUCAUCCGACCGACCGACCUACUGACAGCCUCCGCCAUACGUCGAGUAACCUCCGAAUCCGCCUCAACUGGCUCAACAUCAUCCCAGCGGGUGCACACAAACCUGACCAUCCGAGUGAAGUCACUGGACUUUGAUCCGCAGGCCGGACAGUUACAUGUGCUUGGCCAGAUUGCCCGUGAAAAUCGAUUUACGAAGAUCGGACAAUUCCACACCCUCGAUCUCGAAUUGAACCGUAAUUUCACGCUCGAAAAAGAAGUUGAAGGACCGCAUGGCGGCGAAGGAUGGGACAGCGUUGCACGAGCACAACUGGAGGAGGCGAUCGAUCCGUCGAAAGGCACCGAGGCGGUGGCCGUCGUCAUGCAAGAAGGCCUCGCGAAUAUAUGUUUUAUCACACAAUACCAGACGGUGCUCCGACAGAGAGUCGAAGUCUCAGUACCCAGGAAGCGCACAGGAGCCGGGAGGUCAGCAGAUCAUGACAAGGGUCUAGAAAAGUUCUUUGGCACAGUGUUGGAUACGUUGUCAAGACAGCUCGAAGGCUUGAUCCAGAACAACGACAGUACUACGCAUUUUCCGAUUUUACUGGCCAGUCCUGGUUUCACCGCAUCUGGCUUUCUCGAUUAUAUCAAGAGCACUGCAAUGACGGGAGGGGAUAAGCUUCUGAAUGAGUUACUGAAGCGCAAGGCGUUUGUUGUGAUUCAUAGCAGUUCGGGUCAUCUGCACAGUCUGAACGAGGUGCUUAAGAGUCCGGAGGUGUUGGCUAGACUGAAGGACACGAAGUACGCAAGAGAGACUGCAUUGAUGGAUGAGUUCUUUGCGAUGUUGAGGAAAGAUGACGGACGGGCGUGGUACGGGCCCAAAGAAGUCGAGACCUCGGUCGAAAAGGGCGCGGUCGGUCGAGGAGGCGGUGUUCUUCUCAUCAGCAACGCACUGUUUAGAAGUGAAGACGUAGCGACUCGGAGGAGAUGGGUGAGACUUGUGGAUAGAGUCCGCAAAGAAGAAGGCGGCGAGGUACGGGUUCUAAGUAGCGACCACGAAAGCGGGAAGAGGCUGGAAGGAUUGGGUGGCAUUGCUGCAAUCCUUACAUUUCCUAUCGAUGAGAUGGAGUCCGAGGACGAGUCCGAGUCUGCAAAUGACACUCAGGAUUCAUGA